AUGGCGUCCCCCCAACAUCAACAACUGCUGCCUCACAACACAGAAGUCAGCUGUGACUCAAGUGGAGAUGGAGGCGUCUCAGUGAGGAUUGGCAGCGGUGUCAAACACAAGCACGGAGGCGGGCCGCUGGGUUCAAUUGGGGGAGGUUUCAUAGGGGGAUCCAAACACUGCAAGUACAGUAUCUCCUCGAGCUGCAGCUCCGGAGAGUCUGGUGUCAGGAGGCCUGCCGUGAAGAGCUUUCGUACACAAAGAAAGAUGCCUCAGCUUUUCGAGAGAUCCGCUGGUCAUUUCUGGGACCCAAAGUUUGACUCUUCAAUUCUGGAGGAGGCUUGUAGAGAACGUUGUUUCCCUCAGACCCAGCGGCGUUUCCGAUAUGUGCUCUUUUACCUGGUUGCCGCGGGCCUUCUUUGGGGAUUGUACUUUGCUGCAAACCCCUCCCGCUGUGACAGGACUGCCUUUCUGAUUCCCACUGCGUCCUUCCUCAUUUUCUGCCUCCUGCUCCUCCUCUUAACUUUUACAAAGUUCUACUCUCGCUGCUACAACCACGUGUCUCUUCUGCUCAUCUUUGUGACCUUCAUCCUUACACUGGCAACACAGAUUCAGAAACCCAGCUACAGUGAACCGGAGACUCCUACACCGGCACUUGAGCUGGAAGAAUUCAGCGGCAUGGGACCCACAUACAACAUGUCCUAUGACAAGCUUGUGGGAGGUGACACCUGGUCCCCUUGUGUGUCUCCUGUAGGCACCUUCUCCCUCUGCAUCGAGGUUCUUCUGUUGCUCUACAGCGUUCUCCAUGUGCGCCUCUAUGCCUCUGUCCUACUCGGCUUCCUAUACUCUGUUUUUUUCGAGGGUUUGGGCUGGCUGCACCUGACACGAACAGGGAAUACGUGGAACUUAACCUAUCAGCCAGACCUGGACACUUUAACUUGGCUAGGCCCAGCUAAAGCUCUACUCCACCUCUGUGCUCACGCUAUCGGCAUUCACCUGUUCAUCAUGUCUGAGGUGCGGUCACGCAGCACCUUUCUCAAAGUGGGGCAAGCAAUCAUGCACGGCAAAGAUCUGGAGGUGGAGAAAGCCUUGAAGGAGCGAAUGAUCCACUCUGUCAUGCCCAGAGUCGUGGCCGAUGAACUGAUGAAGCAGGGCGAUGAGGAGAUAGGGGACAAUUCUGUAAAACGGUACUCCACCAGUGGUGCAGCAGCCGCCAUCUCCAGCCCUAAGAAUAAUAAGCGUAAGAAAACAUCGAUCCCUCGAGGCCAGAUCAUCUUUAGACCCUUUAACAUGAAACGGAUGGAACCUGUCAGCAUCCUCUUUGCAGACAUCGUCGGCUUCACAAAGAUGUCCGCUAACAAAUCUGCUCACGCCCUUGUUGGCCUUCUGAAUGACUUGUUUGGGCGUUUUGAUCGACUUUGCGAGCUCACUGGCUGUGAAAAGAUCAGCACUCUGGGAGACUGUUACUACUGCGUGGCUGGUUGCCCUGAACCCCGGCCAGAUCAUGCCUACUGCUGUGUGGAGAUGGGCCUGGGCAUGAUCCAAGCUAUCGAACAGUUCUGCCAGGAGAAGAGGGAGAUGGUCAACAUGAGGGUGGGUGUCCACACUGGCACGGUGCUUUGUGGUAUUCUGGGAAUGAAGCGCUUCAAGUUUGAUGUUUGGUCAAAUGACGUGAACCUAGCCAACCUCAUGGAGCAGCUGGGCGUGGCCGGGAAGGUUCACCUAUCACAGGCCACCGCCAACUUCCUGGAUGAUCGCUACCAGCAUGAGAGCGGACAAGUCAUCGAGAGGAUAGGACAGAGUGUGGUGGCUGACCAGCUCAAAGGUAAGUGCUUUUGGGAAAUUAUGACCAAGAUGACAAUGCCUAGAAGAUGUGUUAUACCUCUUUUUGCUAAAAUUACACACCUAGUCUUAUUAAUGAAAAGCAAAAAGCUUCAAUAUCAGCUGUAGUAGCAACCUCGAAAGGUACAAGAGUAUCUUUGUGUGAUGUCAUGCUCAUGGUGCAAAACUCAGAUAAUGUUAUUAUGGAUUAUUCAUGUUGAUAAUCGGACAAGCUGUGGUAAUUUCACAGCUCUCUGAUUGAUGGGAAGCCACAGGAAGAAAUUGCUGGUGCACUAGUUGAGGCUUGUAGACCUGAUGAUGAUGAUGAUGAUGAUGAUGGUAAGACCACUGGUGUUAUGAUUUCUUAUGGACAGACUGUUGUUUCUCGCCAACUUUCAUGCAAGACAGAAGGUCGCCUGUGAACAAGGUCACUACAAAUAUAUUGUUAUUAUUAGUAUUAUCAUUAUUAUUCUUAGGAGUGGAAGUAGUCAUCAUGAUUAUAUUUAAGGAAAUAUGCAUUUAGGUUGUCCACAUUUUUUUCUAUCUCUCUAACCAUCUAGCCAUCUUUUUAUCCAUCUUCUCUAUGGGCUUUUAUUUUGAAAUUCAAAGCUUGUUUUGUCAUUUUGCCAUUUGAGACCAACAUCAAAAUGAAUAAAAGUUUUGCUUUAAUUCAAAAUUUUCAUGUUAAAAAAACAAGAAACAAAUCCUUGUCCAACUUGGCCAGAUGUCUCCUCUCACUCUCACUUUCUAACGUCUUUGUGACUGCGGAUCAAACACGAAGCUGUGAAAUGACCACUCUUUGAAAGGUUUCUGAUGUUUUUGUGACUCGCGGCCUGAAACGCUUGAGGUGAGACGUGAUAACAUCGUAGCUUCCCACUCUGAGUGAGACGUCACAUGAAGAUGGCCACUGGGAGAGUAAGGUCUAUUACCCCCAAUCAGCUGACACAUUAUUUUCGUCUCUUGGGCUAAUGUCCUGUAAUGUGUCUCUUACCCUCAGGUCAUUGGCGGGGGGAGCGUAUGCAUUGCUUAUGAAUGUCAUCAGGAUUUUUGCAUUAUGUAUCUUAUGCAGCGCCGACUGUUUGCAAAGGUCUGAGUCAGUUGUCUGUGCCCUCUGUGGUGUUAGUAUUAUAUGAUUGUAUCACAGCCAGACGCCAUCUUUCUUCCUGUCCUCCCCUCCUCCCUGUCCCUACCAACUCUCUGUUCUCUUGUUCAAUUAGAUUGCCUUCCAGACGUCCUCAAUGUGUCCUGUUCUCUUUACCUCACUCUGAACCCCAACGAUUGCUUUACAACUUAAUGCGGCCCCUCCUAAUAGAAAUUUGCUUGCAGGUUUAUCAUCUCUCACCUCUUUAUCUUGUCCUCUCUUUUCAUUGCCUCUUAAAUACAUGGCUGCUGCUUUUAUUUGAUACAUCUAUGCAAAUCACCCUCGUGAAACUAAAUGUUAGCUUAAUGGCUCUUUUGAGGCUUUCUGAUCCAUAAUCACUCAGUGUGAGUGAGGUGACGGUGUCUGACUAAGGUAUUGCAGAUGGCGUUCAUCUGCCCCUUCAAAUUAGCAUUUCAGGUUUAUUUUUGUUUCAAUAGACGCUGAAUAUGCUUCCCUGGAGGCUGCAUGUCUGAUUUUGCAGCGUUCAGUUUAGGCAUGGAUUAAUAUGCACUGGCAAUUCAUAAAUAAGCAAAUCAGGUGCACACACCAGCAUGUGCUCCCUGCAGAAGUCUGUUGUCAAGAAACAGCAUCCGGUGAGAGUGCUUCUUGUUUACGAGCUCGCGGGAAAAGAUUUAUGUUCCUGCAUUUCUUCCUCAUCCGUCAGAUUAAUGAGUGACUAUCCCACUCUUACUCGUACUCCUCUGUUUUUCUUCUUUGUUGUAAAGGAUAAAUGUGGUACCUGCAGUGUUAUCACCCAGCCUCCUCCCUCUCCUCCUCGCCUUUCUUGCCUCCAUCAUGUAUUCAGGUCCCCUCCCAAGAUUUAUGCUCUCUCUCCAGAUCUGUUGUGCCAGUGAAAGAGCUGGCUGUCAGGAGAGAGUUGUUCUCCAGUGAUGUAAAACUUGCUCCACUGUCUGGCUCAGUCUGUGUUAAUCACUUGGGAAACAUCGCAGACAGGCAUGGAUACUGGUCCCUGUUGCCUUCUUCAGGGGUAAAUUGCACUGAGAGCUCUAGAGAGAUCUGCAGCUGUCAUCUAUGUUAGUGUUUUUCCUUUUUGAGUUAGUACAAUAUCUUUUAUUCAUGUUUUUGCAAACAGGUUUCAAGUGUUAUCCUGUAGUUUGCAAGUUCAGGAGUCCGUAUUUUCUCACUCAUAGCUGUCUGUGGCUCGUUGUAUUAGAGGUUAACACUGAAGUGCAGCCACAUGUGGCCAACUGCAUCCUGUCAGCUCUUCACUUCUGACACACAGAUGUUGUGUCUGAGUUUAUACCCCAGUGGAUAGCUGUUGUCAGGUUUAUAUAUGACAGUUUGAUGAUAUACAGUCCGCUCAGUGAUCGUCUGCUUAGUCUACAGUACAUUUAGUGAUGAAUUAGUUAUGUGUUUAGUCUUCAAAAUUGAAUUUAUAAUAAAAUCUAUGCACAAGCUGCACUUUUUAUACCUUUUGGAUCAUCUAAAAAGUUGGCUGCUUCCAUUACUGAACACCAAUGGGAGUGUAAAGCUCGUGUUUAAGUGCAAAGAGAGGUAUUUUGUUGUGUGAUGGUAUUUUAGUCAUAGUGGAAAAUAACAAUCAGACUGAAACUGGACUUUUAAAACCCAUUUAAACACGCUAGUCCGACUGAAAUCAAACUUCUCAUAGUCAGACUAAUAUACCUGGAUAACUUGGCAGGAGGUCAGUUUUCUCUUGCAUACAAGCAGCCUGUAUUUUCUCGUAUUAAUAUAGAGACGGACAGGUUUCUGUGCAAUGUCAUCACAGGUAUGUGCAGGCAGCCUUGGGGCAGAAAGUAGGACAUUUCUUAUUUGUUUACUAGCGGAGUAAAGGGAGAAAGAAAAUGACAAGGAGCUGUUGUGCUGUAAACUGCACGAAUUGGCAAAACAAACAAUCAGCAAACAUUACGACCCUGCUCCUGAUAUUAGAAACAUCUAAAACAACAUCACAACCUGGUAAAUUGAGUGAAAUUAUGGAUAUUUCAGUAUAUAAGUGUUUUUUCUGAUUUUAAUGCAAUGAAAGACAAAGUGAUUUUUCAAUGAAAUAACAUUUUAUUGCGAUCAUGUCAGGGAGAACUUGCAAACAAUACGGCAUCUUUAUUGAUAUCAGUUCACUCUGAAGCCGGCUUUUGCCCCAUGGUUGCGCGCGCACCUAGUCUAUAGAGAUUGAUACAAAACAUUAGUAAAUACUCAAUAGCAGUUUUUCAAGGGUUUUCAGUUUUUAACAAAGACUAUACAAGGAACAAACUCCCUGAUAAUGAAGCUAAAGCAUGUAGAGCUCCCCCUGGUGACUGUCCACGGAGUUUGAUACCCCCUCUGCCUGAUUUCUUUAGCAAAGAGACUAAACACAACUCUACUACUCUACUCUUCCUGUUUCUACUCUCUUCCAGCAGCUGCUUGUUUGUCGCGAGACCUCAGGACAGUCCAGUACGGACUGCUGCGGGGUUAUGCAGCUCAAGGAAGAACAUUUACGAUAAUUUCUUCAUGGAAAUGCAAUCAGACCGAGACCCUUAGGUAGAAGAACUACCGCAUCUGCAGUGCAAAAUGAUUCAUAUGGUGAUUUUUACUUCAAGAAAAUGAUAAAGAAAUGAUCAUAAAUUAACCAGAAUUCACCUCAAUUAAACUUCCCCAGACUUGCUUUCUGUUAUGACAGCUCUUGUGAUUGUGAUUUAUGUGAGGUCAAGUGUUCGUUUUCAGGAGGUCACUUAUUAAUUUGUGAUUUUUAAAAAAAGGGAAUGACAAAUCAUGAUUGACAGCUAACGCAGCCUGCAUCCCUAAUUAUCAAAGUAAAGAAAGGACACAUGACAAACACAUAACAAAGGAGUCGUUGAACCUUACAUAAAUGUGAGCAGUAAGUGCUUCAGAUACACACAAGAAUCUGUUCUGCUGUACCAACCUGAGGAAUCUUACUGUUUGAUGCAUGAGCCAUGAAUAAGUUUGGUGCAACUCUGCUGCUUUAUCAGCCACGAUCACCUGCCUCGGCACCAGAAUGUCACCAGCGCUGUACGCUAUUGGUGGUAUUUUGGCUUCACUUUUUCCAACGAGAGUAAGAGAGGGCACGUCGUCCAUAUUCAUGUACAGUUAGUGUGGAUUUAAUCAAAUUUAAAGAGAAAAAUUACAUAAAUCAAACUUUCACGGCGGAGAUUCUGGAAGUCGUUUGUUUUGGCUCAAAUAUUUACACGAAUGAUUAAUCAGUCGACUAAAUACUUAUGAAUUGAUUUUUCUGCCGGUUACUUAAUCGAUCAAAAUGACAGCACCACCCUGACAUUUUACAACUGAAUUAAUUAAUUGAGAUUAAUUGACUGAUCAAUCAAUAAUGAAAUGCAUCUUAAACCCCAAGACAGCACACCCUAAGACAGGUUGGGAUUAUCUAAUCAGUGAAGCCCUUGAGGCGCUCUUUGUUUAUCUCUUAAAGGGGCUGUACGUGAGGCCGGGGCUUGUUUUGUUGAGCGUUUUCCUUACUGGAAGUGGGAGCUAUAUUUGGCUCCGUUUCCCUGGAAAAUACCCGUCCAUGUCCUUCCUUUGUGCCUAAUGCAGAGUGAUGGCACCUGCAGAAGAUUAUCCCUUUGGAGGAGACUGCCAAUGUGGUCCUAUUAUCUUCCUGCUGAUGACAGAAGCACCACAGAGACACAGAGAUGGUCGUUUUUGCCUCUUAGGUCGUGGGCAAGCUACUGGCUGAAGGUUGGAUGUUACAGAGAGAGUGUGGAAGCUGUUGUGAUCGGUCAAUACUAGUUCGAUCAGUCACACUGUAGUGUUUUCGAGAUUGACACAACAGCUGAUUCAAGUCUUAGUGUCAGUGCAAGGCUACUGCUUUUUAUUAGCGGUUUGUGAACUGACAGUUUAGAAACAAGCAGACCGAGUGAAUGAUGUAGCUCGUAGAGAUUAAUCUGCAAGGAGUUAUCACCUGAAUCUAAAUUUGGCUCCCUAUCACAGAUCUCAUUGCAUUGUUUUCACUCACAGCAGGAAGCUCGUUUCAGUGUAGAAAAAAAAAAAAAAAAGCUUGAAAAAGUGCACCGCACAGCACAAAAGAGAAGAGACACACAUUUUGAAACUUACUGUACGAGAUGUUGGAGCGUUGAGCAGAUGGGAAGCAAGAUGUUAUUUCUAGGAGUUAAAAAGACGUUAAAUUUGGCAUCAAAUUACACAUACGGUACAUACAUACUGGAGAUAAAUGUUGCCGACUGCUUGCUUCUCUAGUUAUACCAACUUCAGUAACGACCGCACAAUAGCAAAACACAGUGGUCUGAGGAGCCAUAAACAAACCUCAACCAAAACACCACUCUAUAGCCACAAAUAAUGCUCAGAACAGCACCUAACUUCAUCAACAGGACAUAUAGGGUCACAGACAUAGUACUAGGCACCAAACAUCUUUUUAACUUUGCCUAAUUUCUUUAGCAAAGAGACUGUGAUCAUAAAUGUUCCUCCUUGAGCUGCGUCACCCCGCAGUAGUCCGUAAUGGACUGGCCUGAGUUCUCACUACAGUUCACUACAAACAAAGGGCUGCUGGAAGAGAGUAGGUGAGUUGUGUUUAGUCUUUUCGCUAAUGUGUGUUUGACCCGAAAUUAAUUUUAUGCAGGAAUAUCCCUUUAAGGCCACCCUCGACUCCACCCCUUUAGAUCUUGCUGGAUCACUGUAAACCAGCAUUUCUAAUAUUGAAACCACUGUCAUGUCACAAAGCUUUAAUCUACAUUACUGAGAUAACGUCCUGUUUAAUAUGAUAUACAAGAGUAAAAUAGCUGUAUGAUUAGUUAUUUUAAAAGAUAGAAAAGACAGAGACGGUAAAUGCUAUAGACUUUUCAACAGCCCUGUUAGUUAUGGUAGGUCAUUGCUGUGGUUGCAACUUGAUUCUAUUAACCCUUAGUGGACAAUAAAAUUGCAUAAUAUAGAUAUAAAAGACAGAUCUUGCUGUCAUACUUAACUAUUGUCUUCUGGGCUUUUUAAGGAGAAAGAACAGUAAAGAGAGUGAAGAUAAAAGGACAGGGUGGGAGUCAAACCCUUAAAUCAGGCGCUGUAUUACCAUAAGCCUUAACUAGUGCGUGUUCUUGCUUUUGAGUGUGAUCCUGGUUUGUUUGCCCCUCUCCUCUGUGUCCUACUGUGAAUCAUCCAGGCUGUCGCUGCUGUAUCACAGUUUGAAAGACCAACGUAAUCUAAAUGAAUGCUUGCUGCCCCACUUUGAUCAUCUAAAGAACACUUUCAUUCAUUUCAACUACUGACAGCUCUUUGGUAUAAUUUCCCAUGCCUCUUUCUCCUUCCUGGUACUUACUCUAAACAAGGCUCUCAGUAACCAGCUGCCUCGAGUAAAGCAUGAUAUCGCAUCAGCUGGAAUUGUGUGCUUGACCUUUACUUACUUAACUGGGGAGCAAAGCUGUGCUUGCCAGCUGCACACCAUAUAUCCCUCUCUGACCUGCUCUUUCUUUCCUCUUUGUGCCCUCUGAGAGAUAUCCAGCAAAGCAAGGCUGGGUAAUCUCUUUGUGAUUAGUGAUUAAUGUCAGUAAUUUUCCCUCGUCAUAUCUUCCCACACUCGAUCCUGACCCCGAACACAUCAGCCCCGCAAGCAGCUGUUUUAUCACAUGGAUAUCAAAGAUGUGGGGGAAAAUCAGACGCAUGUACCCUGGUAGGCGAUACCACUUUUUACAAAUCUCUUGUCCACUUUGAGGCCUACAGAAGGAUAAUUGAUAAACCACAUUUUGAUUGAUUUCAGCAAAAAGCAGAACUCAGCGGCAAAUAACAAAUUUGAUAAACGUUCUUCGUCUCGAGUCGAGAUCCAUUAUCUAUCUAUCUAUCUAUAUAUCUAUCUGGAGACUGAGAGCCAUUUGUUCUGUUGGGGGCGACUCACAUGCUCACGCACGUUUUACACUCACACCUCCCUCCAUUUUCCAUGUGAAUGCUAUUCGCAAGGGAUGUUCUGUCAGUCAGCAAAAUGUGCAGCGUUUGCCCCAGGCUCGGUGGAGACUUGGGUUAAAUGUGACCUUGGCUACGAUAAAUGAGGCUGCGUUUGAGGUUGUACUUAAAGAAUCGGGUGUGAAGAAACAAAAGGGAGAGCGAAGAAGACAAGCAGAUGAAUUGGCCCGAGCUGUGCUCCGUGUUUGCUGUAAGAGGAGGUGCUUUCAUACCUGUUGUGGUAUUUUUACAGUGGUUUCAUAUCUCUUGUUACUGCCUCCAAUUACUGCCUGUUUGGUGCUUGUUAGUUUGCACCAGAAUUACUUAUCAGUUAAAUAUUUCUCUUAUUUUAAACCUGAAAUAUUUGCCGUUUGAUAUAUGCUGUUUUUAAGCACAGCCACCUGACGCUAGCUGGGGCUGUCGCUCCUUGUGCAAUAACGACCUACUACCCGGAUGCAAACAAGCACCGAUGAAAGUUGGCAUUGUACCAUGUGUUGUAAAUCUCAAUAUUUCAAGCUUGCAUCCAGUAAGUCCAGAUCAGAGGACUAACACUGAACUUCCACUGAACUGUUUUUUUCCUCCGACUAUGCCACAAAUAAUGACUACAUCUUUGGUUGGACGACCAAUUUGACUUUUUGGUUACACUUUACAAUAACCAGAAUUUAUAAAUGGUAAAUAGUUUAUUAUUGUUUAAUCAUCAUUUAAAAACAGCAAAUAGACCAAUUAUAAAUGGCAAAUAGAUGUAAGUUAAAAGUAACUUUACCAUUAACAAGCAAUGAAAGUAUGAUUGAUAAUUUUCAUUGAUUAUUAAUGGACUUUUUUAUAGUCCAGUUUUAUAUAGGGUUUAAAUAUUGGUUGUAAUAUUUGGUUUUUAAACCAUCUAUAAACAUUACUUAGAUGGUUACUGAUGUUUGUACUACUUUGUAAAUGAUUAAUAAGUGCUUUAUAAAUAGGGCCUGACCAAUUUAACAGCGAGCCGAUUAAAUCGUCUAAUUUUAGCCCGUUUGAGACUAAUCGGUAAUCGGCCAAAACUCGCCGAUUUUCGCCGAUAUUUUCAGAAAUAAAAUACGGAGAAUAAGAUUCCGUUUCACUUUGAAAAUGUUCCGCCAUUUGAAAAGAUCCCCCCACUUAUCCAGUAGAUGGCGCAGCGAACACUCUUCUGGUCCGAGUUUGAUCAGUCGGUCUUCCUGUCAGCGUGAAGAGCAGGAGCCUACAGUAUAUCUACAGUGUAUGUAUAUAUAUAUUUUCUUAUAACUUCAUAAAAAAUUAAAAAAAUCGGCCAAUUAAUCAGUAAUCAGAUUUUUUUCCCCCCUAAUAUUCACUAUUGGCAUCGGCCCCAAAAAAUCCAUAUCGGUUUGGCCCUAUUUAUAAACUACCUUUAAACAUUACAUAGAUGGUUAUGGUAAAGUUAGGGUUAGGUUUUUAAAAUGGUAAAAUUUACAAUUUAUUAAUGGUCUAUAUGCUAUUCAAUAAAUGAUGAUUAAUAAACUAUCUGCUUACCAUUUAUAAAUGGUCUAUAUAUAAGUUGUGGUAAUUGUAAAGUGUUACCGACUUUUUUGUGAGUUAUCUCUCUCUUUUAUUCGAGUGGGUUUCAAACUUUUGUUCAAACAAGCAGGAAAUUAGUCACUUUGGAGCAUCCCUAAUCACUGCGCUGCAAACUUUAACUGCAUGUUUAAGAUAAUGACAGAGAGUGGACUUUAUAAAAACCUAAUUAAAUAGGGUGUUAUUUUUUACUGCAGUGAUUUGGGGCUUGUCGGUGUGGGAGCUGUUUGUUGUAUUCAUUUAUGAACUUAAUGAAAUAAAGGACAUCGUUGGAUAAGAGCAGAGCAGUCAUUACAGCUUCAGCCCAUUAAUCAGGGAAACGACCAGCUCUAAUGUGCACACUGGUUUCUAUGUUUAUAUCAGAUAUCAAACAAGCAGUUAGAGUUUGUGGGAUUUGUCUUUCGUAACAGACAUGAACUUUUUACCCACAAAGGAAGACAGACAGAGAGGCUGCGCAUGUGUGUGUGUGUGUGAGUGUGUGUCCUCACUGCAUUACCUAACCACAAGCUAAACUGUUUGACUUCCUCACCUCGGUAUAAAUAAUACACAGCUGUCUUUUCCUCCAGCCAGAAAUCAACACCUAGACUAAUUUUCGUCUGGACUCUUUGAACCCAACUCAUUAUGCACACACAUCAUUCAGCCUCGCUGCAGAGAGACAGCAGGGUCAACAGUGAAGUGGGGAUCCCUGAGUGGAGUGGCUUUCUACUAUGAGGGGAUGAAAGGCAGACAUGGAGCUAUUGCAUUGUAAGGCUGAGGAUGCAGCUGUUUUGACGCUUUGUAAAGUCAUUGAUGAGGAAAAAAAAACCCUGGAUUACUUUUGCAAGGCAGACUGAGAUUUGUAUGCCUCUCAUCUGGAGUCUGGGAAGGGACUCUCCAGAGGCAGCCAGAGGAACAGAAGAGACUGGGGGGACUCUAAGCUGUUGUAUUGUAUCGCAGUGACCGAGCGCUGCUUGGAACACCUUGGCUCUGCAUGGUAGAUUACAGCUCUGCCAAGAGAGUAAUGGCAUAAUACAUCACACUGCAUUUUACUGUAUCGUCCGGCAGUGCGUAUUAUGGUUCAGCACAGCAUGUCAUUGUAGCCUGCAGCAAAACAAUCUCUCUAUUAAUCAUUUUUGGCCUUAUCAUACUAAGCAAGUCUGCAGAGCUUCAAGAUUUCUUGUCAGACUCUGCAAACAUCAGGCCGCUGUGGCGAGGUUAUUGAAGGUCUGCGAUGUGGCGAUUAGCUGGAUCUCCUAGCUGCAGUCAUUUUGGUUAUCUGCUGUGUCACACUUUUACGCUGCAGGAUCAGACUACCUCCACUUGUUCAGGAGGACUUGUACAGCAAGGGUAGUGCUUGCUUUGACCCAGCAAGCAAAAACAGAUUAGUACACACAGGGGGUGUAAUGACUCUCUGGAUCAAGAGCAGAAAAGCAGAAAGCGUAUUAUUCCAAAGGACCGCAAUUGAUCUUAUCCACACGGCCCAGGGAUAUUUCCACUGAGCUGAUACUGUUUAAAGAUUUUCCUCUGGCCAGAUAGGUAUCCUGAUGUGCACCACUUAAUCCUGACAAGUGUCAGUGUACCCUGCACACUUUGCAGGGCCGCUUUAAGGGACAGCUGUCCUACUGGUUCAGUGGUAAAGGGGUCCUUCCUCCACCUAGUGUGACAGAGAUUACCCAGGGUGAGAGUUUGGUAUCGCCGCGAAGAGGGACAGUAACGACUGGGAGGAGUUGAAAAGGAUAAAUAUAAAGAAUAUAAUAAUAUAUAAUAUAUAAUAUAUAUAUAUAUAUAUAUAUAUAUAUAUAUAUAUAUAUAUAUAUAAGAAUAUAAAGAUAAAGAUAAAUAUCUGCUCCUGACACUAGCACUUUUAGAACUGAAGAAGCUUCUUGGAUAAGAGGCGAAACGUCUUCUUAACUCUACACAGUCCAGUUGCCUGUUUUUAAGUCUUCAAGAUAACCAUGACCUGGAUGAAUGAGAAUCUACAUGGACGUAUCGCCGCGAACACAGUCUGUCUGAUAAGGAGGCACACGUGUAAGCUGCUAUCAUAGCUGAGCCUGCAGAGCAAACACGACGCAAGUGGCAUGUGGGGUAGAACAUCAACAGCAACACACAGCUUCUAGCCUUUUAAUCUAAUAAGGAAAGAACACAAAUCAAUACCAAAGGCAUGCUGAGGGAAGGUUAUGUUUAGGGGACAUGAAAGUGGCGUGAAGAUGGACGUAUUUUCAUACAGCAUAUCAAAGUCGGUUUUGAAAGCCACCGUCAAUGAAGUAGAGGUAGCGUAAAUAAUGCUGUGAUAAUAUCAUGAUCAGACGUCAUGGUUUAACACUGUAAUUUUGAGUCUUGUAGUGACUGUAGGUGUAUAAUAUUGACUGUAAAAUCUAGGAUAUAGGUCUUGUUGGUGUUUAUGACACAGACGGUUUUGAGAGGGUUUAACUUUUCCCUCUGUGAAGACUUUAAAUGCAGUCAGCAAUGUGACUUUUCCAUGCAGCUGUGUAGCUCCUUCUAGUACCAUUGUCCACCCACCUUUCCUGUCACUUGUUGUCUUAAAGUGAAAAGUCUUUUUAAUGAAACAGCACUUCAUAAGGUUUAUUUAAUAAAAGUGUACCACUGCAAAGCCACCGUAUCAAAGAAAAAGGAUUAGGGCCACAUGAAGAGAAAGAAAGAGAUUAAAGGUGGGGUAGACAGGAUCUGAGGAAGUGCCCGUUUUGGGGAGAAAUCUUGAAUGUAAACUAUACCCCUCUCGACCAGUUUUCCCCUUAGCUCCUCCUUUCCCCUCACUCUCUGGUCCAGCAAGCCCCGCCCACAAACAGACGCUCCUGCUCGCUUGUAACGUUUCAAUUAAAUUCAGAUAUAAUGCAGAUAAAUACUUUAGAUAAUUACAAAUGAGGCCCAGUCAAGGUGAAAAUAAAAAGCAUUGGUGCUACUGUAGAUGCCAACAGACUACCAGCAAACACAAAGUUUGCAGGACUUCUACAACUAGCAUUAAGUGACACAGUCCAGGACCCGAGGUCAAUUUAGAUUUUUUAAUCUAGACUUUUUAAAUUUCAACUUCAAUCUCGAAAUGGAAAUAUUAAAAAUCUCCCUCCUGUUAUUAUUUUUUUCUCCACUUGUGGCCCUAAUCCUCUGUCGUACAAAUAACCCUUAGGUAUAAGGGACGCAGAACUGGAUUAAAAACAGGCAUGACUCUGUGGAGGAACAAAACUCUUAUUUAAUGUUUCACUGUAGUGCUAACACACUUCGGCACAGCCUGAGUUUGUCAAGAGAUCUUCUUGCUGCAGACGCCUUUUGUUGCAUAUGGCGAGCUAAUCUGUAACCAAACACCAGCGGAGUCGCACAUAUGGAAAUGUAAUGAGAAAAUCUACUUUUUCUGCCUCUCUUGCAAAUAAGGAAAAAAUAUGGACAAACUGAGUCUAAAGAAGAAAGGUGUUCUGGGAAAAAGGAGAGAAACAGAUGAAAACAGAUGGAGACAGAAAGAUGGACCCUCACAUUCAUCCCGUUCAGGGCUCCACCUGGCUCGCAGUCAUAACACCGGCCUCCGCAUAACACAUGGGAGAAGACGUCUCCCAUCUGCAGCAACACACACUUACUCAAGCUUUGCAUCCUGGGCCUGCCAAGGCUAAUUACCAUGGCAACGGGCAAAUGAAUAGGGCGAGGGUCAGCUGGAGACUGGAGGCUUUUUUUAGAUGGAGGGACUGGUGCGAUGACGAGGAGAAAGGGGGGCAAUCGACUCCGUUCAUCUGGGAUGCGGUGGUAAAAGCCAAGCAGAGAUUCCUCACAGCAGCCGUAAGGAACACCUACACUCACGCUGUGUUUUCAUGGCUUAAACCUGGUAAAAGUGAAAAAAAAAUUCAACUUUUUUCUAAAUUCCUUUGUUUGUAAAUCUGCAGGUAACUCUGACUCAAGCUGAGUAUGGGAUUGAGCUUUUUCUCCCGGCUGCUGUGCAGACAUCGGAUGAUAAAUCGCUAUCAUGACUCACUGAUGCAUCCUAAGCUUUUCUCCUUUGUGAUCAAGGGUAUAGAAAAUACCAGCACUCCUCCUCUUCUUACGGACACACACACACCAGCCUGCGCUGACAUUGACAGAUGAACAGCUCACUCUCGAGGUGACACCCACAAUAACCCCCCUCGCCACCCGUCUUCCUAGCUGCACAUGCUCGCUCGCACAGAAUUGCUUUUUGCAUUUUCUCUCGGUGGAAAUGCAAACAGCCACUCACGCAUCCACACUCAGGCCAUGGUUUUGGGCUGCAGUCACUCGUUAGUGUGCGCAGCAGGAGAGUGUGUGUGUGAUAAAUGGCUGUGUGAAUAAUGAAUGAGGGGAGAUGACGGGGAGCCAGUCCACCCUGAAGCACUACACAGCACUCAGCCGGUGCAGAUUGACUGUGUGUAUGUGUAAUGUACAGCAGAAGUGUGCCCCCCCCUCUCCUUUGAAAUUUUUGUGUAUAUUUGUGUCCAUUAUGCAUACCUCAGUACUUUAUUAUUAGCACCGCAGGCUGUGAAAUACAGCUUUCGUUUGCCUCCUGCUGCUAGAAUGACACGGGUCUUUUUAGAAAUGCUCGUCUAGCACAUCCUCUCUCUGUUUGAUGCUUAAAUAUUGAGUCAGUUUUUGUCUUUUCUCUUUCUAGUAAUCUUUUAUAAACCCACAUUCCCGUCAUGUUAAUGCACUUACCAUUCGUAAUGUGUCAUUUGUUCUUAAAUGGCCCGAUGUACUGCGAGAGAAAGAGAGUGUGUGUGUUUGUGUGUGUUUGUGUGCGUGUAGUGGAGCUCAAACAGUAAGUCAAUGAAUCAAUCAGUCAGUGAACAGAAUAUUUAUGGGUGUCAGUUCCAUUUACUGGGAUAAUUAAAGUAAACACAUCAACGAUUCGCUGGAAAACCAUGACGGCAAGUGGCCCUCUUUGAGUUGCGGUAUCGACUGAUGGUCUCACAGUAACGCACACAAUAUUUAGACUUGAUAGAGAUGGAAUAUAAUAUUAAUAAUUAUGCUAAUCCGUGUAAAAAAAACACCUUAAUAUGGAUGCAAUUUAAGUUCUGACAUGACUGCAGCUUCAGCUUAUACUGCAGAGGGGUGAGUCAGGGAGUGUUUCAGUCUUGAAUCUGACCGUUACGGUAUGUGAUGAAAAUAUUGACUGGCUUAAUUUGCGUGUAAUUGAGUGUUUUUUGUUUACUGAUUGACCUUCUCUCGCCAGAAGUGCCCGAACACGUGAAUUAAUAUAACAGGGGGGAGGUUCCUUCAUGUCUUGUGGGUCUGUUUACGUCAAACGUUGUCAAGAUUUUUUCUGAGCUUCUCCAGUAAACAGUAUGGCAAAAAACUCAAGUGUCUUUUAUAUUGUUUUAUUGUUGCUAACUCACACACACACACACACAAUAGAUGCCUGCUACAGCUUUGUAGUUAUGAUUAGCCGAGAGACUAGUAGUUUGUAAACCUGCAACAAACACAAAAAUACACGUUUAACUAUCAAUGACGUAACACAAAUUCAUAAAUAUCCAUAGAACAGCACUUCACAAACAUCACCCACCGACACGGCGUACCAGUCCUGACGAUUGCUCACAAAUGAUGUUUGAAAAAAGAAGGAUGAGGAUGGCUGCUGGAAAGUUCUACAGACAUGGUGCAAGAAUUUGUUGGGUUUGCACAACUUAAAAGAUAAUACGACCUCCUCACUCACUUUCCUCCGUGCAAACUUAUUUUUGUUCCCGUUGUCUGAUGUCCUACCGUAAAUCUCAGCAUAGCAUAGCACCGUUACCAUCAGUUUGUCUUCUAUUUACCAGAUGAUUGAACCUCCACUGUGAUUUCCUGGAGUUCUGAUUUUUCAUGGAUUAGCAAACGUAGCUAUUCAUGUCGUUCUACACGUAAUUCACUCACUCAAACAGUUUUAUUUAUGUCCGGUGUUUCUAUUUUGAGUCAGAGAAGAAAACUGGGGAGAGAGUUUCAAUCAUGAUUUGGAUUUGAACAUGUUCCUCAUAGACUGUAUAUACUAUGGACAACUUGGUUCUGCCUCCUGCCUGUAUACGGAUUUGAAGCCAAAAAGCGCCCGGUAUUUCCGUCAUUUUUCUUCAUUUCCUGAAACCAGCGCUGCGCAGUAGCGUUGUGCACAUUCGGUGGAAGAGUCGCUGUGAUGACGCUCGGCUCAAACAGCUUAUCCCAGGGUGAGCUACGCAAUCCCUGAACGCUAAUAGGCUGUAUCAGGUGUCAAUCAAAGAAAACACAAACCCCCUAAUAACUUUUAAAAACGGAGCUGUACAGAAAAAAAGAGGACUUGAACACAAACCAGUCUUACAAUAACUACAUGUCAACAUCACAAUCAAGGGGGAGAAAAAUGUAAAUUCUGAGCAAUAAAUUUCUAAAGUUUGUGGGAUUUAUGACCUGUACUGCAGCGGGUCAACAGAGGGUGCUGUUCUCGGAGUGGCUUCACCCAGCGAGGAGGCAGACGGCGUCCAUUCUAUAUACAGUCUGUGGUGUUCCUAGAGGCAAAGGCAUACUGCACUUGAUUGGCUGCAGCAUAAACCCCAUAAUAAUGGAAUUCUAUGGCCACAAUAAUCUGGUAUCAUCACAGCUCUAAUUGGCACCUUAAGCUGUGGUGUAAACCCCUCUAGAGCGAUGCAGGCUGACAUAUCACAAAGUAAUUGACACAAGUUUGCAUCAGACAGGCUUUAUGAUCCGCUGCGGCUGAACAGAUCUCCCUGCCUCCGGCUCAGCGGCUCCUCAGAUUGGCUUCACUGAGGGACAUCCCUCCUAUCUCCCCGUAGUUGUCAGCUGCACCUCCAUCUCUGUACUUUACAGCCCCGAGAGUCCCCCCCCUCAUACCGUGCUGUCGCCUCUUAAGGCCAUUUUCUGAUUUACUGCUCUUGUGCGCGUGUAUUUGUGCAAGGUACCAGAUAUAUUCCCAACAGAGGUCAUUCCCCUUCCUUUUAUCACUUUCAAUCCGUCUCUUUGUGUCACUCCUCCUUUCUGCUUUUUCCUGUUUAUUGUUAUUUUCCUGCCCUCCAUCUUGCUGCUGUCUCAUUUUGUUGCUGUUGAGUCAGAGAGCUGCCUCUGCUGUGUUGUAAAUGACACCUUUAUCAACAAACAAUACGGGGAUGUUUAUCUCCACUGGCUGCAUAUUACACUGUUUUCCGUCCUUCUUUCUGCGCUUGACCAUGAGACAGGAUGAGACGGUCAUUUUUGCUUUUCAGGAGGAGACAGGUCAGCAGUGCAAACACCCAUCAGCAUAUGCACAGCUUGUUCCUGUGUCUCAGAGGCGGAAUGUACUUCAGAGCUUUUGUGUCGGAGCUUGUCGUCAGCGUCCUCUUUUACACUCGGUGUAUCACUGGCCUGCUUUAGAUAAAGAGUCCUCAGGGAGUGGCGCAGCGCUCAGCGGAAGAUCCAGCACUUUUUCAUCAUCAAUCCCCCGCUGAAGAUGCCAUUACUCAAAAUGUUGAGCAAGCAGAGUCUGUGGUAUUAAAGCAGAGGGGGGGGAUAAAAGGUGGAGCAUAAGCUGUUUGCCUUGAUCAUUUACUCAGAGCCUCAAACUCAGUCACUCUUUAAUCGGAGGGCGCGCCGCUCAUAACUACAGGUCAAUAGCACCGUAGUGUGAGAUAAUUCAGCAUGGGACGAAAGUUAAUUUCACUCAGAUGCGAGAGUGUCUCAGAAGAUAUGUCCGUUUGCUCUGUUUCAACUCCUAGGUGGACAUGCAUUAAAGGGAUAGUUCCUCUUUUUUUAGUGGAGUUUUGCGAUGUACAUGGUGUGUGAGCCACAGAGGAUGUUGGCAGCUUUAUUAAAACAUAUUAAGUUGUUAAUUCAUGUAAAAACAAGCUGAGAACAGAGUGAGGGGUAUUCCUUAAAUAAAUCCAUUUAAAAAGCUCUAUAUAUAAAGAUUUGAGUGACUAAAUUUGGCUUUUUGAAUAUGGAAUUUUCCUAGCAGGGAUUUUUGCAUCGCUUCAAAUGAACCAGUGCGAAAAAUAUCAGAACAUAACUCGUUCAGUUUGAGAUAAUCUCCAGUAUUUGGUGUUUUGAAUCAUCAGACUAACACAGUCAUGGCUGUGGAGGCCCUGAGAAAUUUCCACAUUGACCGUACACUUAGAUUUAGUGUUAAUCUAGACUGUAAUUAUAAAUGUCCAGGUCUUUAGUUGGCCAUUAUUAGCUAAGCCUCAGCAUUGGCUUUUCUGGAUGCUUUCUCAACAAAGUGGCAAAGCUAGCUGACAUCUCCCGCUGCUUGCACACCAGAAAAAGGUACUAUCCCUUUAAGAACAAUAAAGACAGAAACAAGUUAAAGCUCCUGAAAGGAACUUUCAAUUUGUGCCAGUUUUGGCGCCCCCUGUGGACAAAGCAGCCUCUGUUUAUCUUUAGAAAUUUGAUCGUCACAUCUAUCAGUUGUUGUUAUUUAUCUUUGAUGUAAGUAGGGAUAGGAAUAGAUAAGAUUUUAUCAAUAUCGAUGCCUUUAUCAAUUGUGCUUAUUGAUUCAAUUCUUUAACGAUUCCCUUCCUUUAAAAAAAUGUAGACUAUAGGUUUUCAGUGUUUACCCAAAAUUUUAUUAGGUCUCUGAUAAAAGACAAAGAUGUAUGCUGCCUUCAGCGAGAGUCUAAAAAUAAUCAAACGACAAACAAUUUGUACAGCAUUUACUUCAGUCGGUACUAAGUCAAAUUAUGGUGACCAUAUUCUUGAUCCCCAAUAAGAGAACACAACUACGCAGGGCGGAGUCGCAUGCAAAAUUUUUGAAUGUUUUUAAUGCGCUUUUACUUCAGUUAGUCCACGGUACACAAACUCUAAACUUCCAUACAAAACCCCAUUUUUGUCUAUCUUAGUAAGAUGAAGCCACGCUUUAGAUCGUUUCUGCCGACUUUUCGUACCACUCGCCAUGUUUUUUUCCUCCAAGUCUCUGUUUUCGUUCACAUAGACUGGCUCUCACAAGACUGUUUUUCAAGGAUCGUUAAAGGAAUCAUUAAGAUAAAAUGUAAAUAAUGUCGAUGGAUUGGACUAUUUCGAACCAGUUCUCCACAUAAACUGAUUCUAGAUUCCCAUCCCUGAAUGUGAGGGCAGUUUUUUUUUAAGCUGCUCGACUGGCUUCUAGUCCCUCGCAGCAGUUUCAGGCAUUAAAAAUCAAAGUGUCCAUGUUGUCGCCGAUGGUCUUGUUUGGUCUUUGACGCCAUAGACAUGCAUCAAUAUGAAUUUUUUGUGUCAAAAAGCAGCUCAUGGGAGCUUUCUUUCACAAAGGAGAACAAAUCAACCAUAUUUUUCUUUUGAUGUGACAUCUAUUAUAAAGUGAUUGAAAGAUUGAAACAGAAGGGUGCACAGGAUGAAGACAUAAAAAGAGACAUCCUACAAUAAAUUUUUAGUGAGGUCUGAAUCCAUUAUCUAAUGCCUGAAGUUUGGAGUAAUCAUUUAUGGAUAGAGAAAUAAAAAAGGCUCAUGAUAUUAUCUGAAAAAUUCAUGUUCACAAAGCUGAAAACAUUGUGUUAUUUCAAAGCUCAUGAAAUCUUGACGUGCAACAGGGAGAGAAAUUUCCCCUACCAUGUCAGUGCUUGUUAACUUGGAGUUUACCCCGUCACGCUGUACUAAACUCCAAAGGGGUUCACACUUAGCGAUGCAAGAUAACCGCUGAAAGCAAAGUAAUUCAUGAAAUCUGUGGAAGAAGUUCACUGCACAGGUGUGCUGAAUUUCAUAUGAAGCCAUAUGGACACCAUUAGAGGAGAAGCGGGCGGAGAGGAUUAGUAUGCAGAGGAGCGCGCAUGGGUGAAGGACUUGACAGGAGAGAGGAGGAUGGUGUAAAAAAGACGAGAUGCAAAGUGAGUUUGAGCUUCUGGGAUGAUGUCAGCCGUGGCAACACUUGGCAGAAGAGAGGAGCCUGUAAAGCCUGUGCUGUGAUGAGGCAAAUGAAUAUCGGCUUGGACACAAAAGAAGAAGGGAGGAGAGUGGGAUUUGGAGAGACAGACAGACAGUGAGUUACAGUGAUUGACAAAAAGCGAGGGCUUACAGGCCACUGAGCAAAAGCAGGAGAGGGGGUUGGUUGUUAAAGAUUUUGGAGGGAUGUCAACUGUAUCUGUUGUUCUGCCAGCAGACCAUGGCAGCAUGAGCCUGUCAAGGAUGACGGGAUCAGAAGCCCAGAAUACAAAAUGAGUAUGUAUGAGACAGACACAGCCGAGCCAGAGCUACAGACUUUGGAGGGAUGUCAAGUGUUCCUUUUGUCUUUCAGAGAGUUAUGGGAAGAGGUCGGAUUGAGUCCAGGAAAAAAUUAAAACGCACGGGCCAAAUGUGGAAGUUUUGUUUGGUGUUACUUCUGUUUACAGCAAUGAGAGGAAGGAUACUGACAGAUUUUGUUGAUUGCAAUAGGAAGAGAGACCUUAGAAAGACUUGCUGUGCUGGAACAGUUUGUUUGUGUGUAAACUGAGUCGUAUUCUGACGUCAUUCACAGUUUAAAGACCUGGAGAGCAAAUGGCCCGAGAAAGCCCAGACUUGGCGUUUCUUUUCAUGAACGCUGGCUUAUAUAAUUCAAGCUAAAAGGUCACUGUAGGUUAUCUGCAGCUCUGUAAUGGUUGGAGUGUAACUGGCUGUAGCUGGACACCUUGUUUUAUAAUAUUUGCUUAUUUAAAAUUUAUUCAAAAUACUCUUUUCACACAUGCCUAAAUUACUCAGGAGUAUCAUGUGUGAACAGAAACAGUUGAAGCCCCCUGGCGUCACUUUAGGUUUAAGUCUGUUUGAGAUCAAGUGAGAGCAUAGCAGCAAAUCUUAUUGACGUUAAAUCAUGUGACCCAUAAGGUUAGAGAAGAAGAAACAUAGGCAUUGAUAAGAUUAGAGUUGUUCCUGAUUGGAGUUGCGUCCUUAGCAACAGUCUGUUCUUCAUAGCAACAGUCUGCUAUUGAAAAUGUAUCAGAAAUUCCUAAUGAAUUGCUUUACACAGUCACGCAAUAAGCUUUAAUAACAUGAGGUUCCAAAGGUUAGAGAAAACAAAACAUAUCAAUACCAGACUGGGCAUUAAACAGAUUACAGUUGUUCCUGACUGAAGGUGCCUCCUUAGCAACAGUCUGUUCUUCAUAGCAACAGUCUUCUAUUAAAAAAUGUAUCAGAAAAUCCUUGUUAAUUUUUUUUUUACAGUCAUGCAAUAAGUUUUUUAUAACAUGAGGUUCCCAAGGUUAGAGAAUAGGAAACAUAUCAACACAAGACUUGCAUUAAACAGAUUACAGUUGCUUCUGACUGAAGGUGCCUCCUUAGCAACAGUCUGUUCUUCAUAGCAACAGUCUUCUAUAAAAAAUGUAUCAGAAAAUUCUUAUGAAUUGCUUAACACAGUGAUGCAAUAAGCUUUUAUAACAUGAGGUUCGCAAGGUUAGAGAAUGAAAACAUAUUAAUAUGAGACUGUACAUUAAACAGAUUACAGUUGCUCCUUACUAGGUCUGCAUCCUUAGCAACAGUCUGUUCUUCACAGCAACGGUCUGCUAUUUGCACAGUCAUGCAAUAAGCUUUUAAUAACAGUAUCAAUGCUUAAGUGUUUAUUUCUAUCAGUGUACCAGAAGCCAGUGAAUCAUCAUAGGAGAGCAAAUGAACAUUUUGAAGAAAACAAAUGUAACAGCUUGAAAAUGAGUUUUAGCUGGUAUAGUACGCCUCAUUUGAGGCCCUAAAGCUGUGACAGUGUAUUACUGAAAAGUCAAUUCACUGAAUAAAGUCUACCCUGCAUAUUUAUCUAUGCAAAGCAGCAGGAGCUGUGCUUUAAUCUGAAAUUACUAUACCUGCAAUACGCCAAGAUCUUAUUCUCAAGGGAGUCGUUAUGUUGAGUUUAAUUACCAGCAGGAGGUUGUCUGCUUGAAAUCUCUUUCCAUUAAGUCUGCAUUGACUGUUUUGUAUAACAUUGUGCAAAUAUGCAUCUUACUUAAAAACUGUAACAGGGGACAUCAGGACAGACAAAGAACUUGUAGGAAAAAGAUAAAUACUGUUUUGGAGGAUUUAAUGUCCCCCUGUUAAUGGAACUCUGCCAUGAAAAUAAAAUUGUGAAUCCAUUAGACAAAGCAGCCAAAUAGGAAUGAGUUUUAGGAUGAUAAACACAUCUCAAAUUUACUCAUAAUGUCCUACUUCACCUAAGUUGACAAAAAGGAGUUGCUAAAAUGCAUCAAAUAUAAAAAUUUGCAGAAUUUUUAAAUAAAUUUUUUGCUUCUCAAAUCUGUUGCUUGAAUAAAUCAUAAUGCUUGGCAAUGAUAAAGUGUCUAGUGUUGGUGUAAACUCCAAUCAGAGUCUGAUUCCUCGUGCUUGUUUAUCUUUGUAGUGAAUGGAGGAACUGUGAAACAUCUUCUCCUCUUUAUUAUUCAUAACACCGUCUGUUGAAGACAAAGUCUGUUUGACACCCACUUUAAGGAGACAGUCCUCUCUAGUCUGAAGAUGUGGGUAAUUCUGCUCACCUUCUUGAAUGCUGUUAGUCGCCCCUGAAGUAACCACGGCUCAGCAGAAGUGUUCAGCUGUAAAAAAGGAAGGUCAGCGCUCGCCCUCCCCCCACUCCAAGCCGUCUACAGCUCUGGAGACACACACAUACUUUCUCUCUGUGCUUCUCCUUUACUGUCAGAAAUGACAGUGCGACUCCCUUGGUGAUUCCUUAUGAAAAAUGCACAAGUGCCUUUCAUGUUUUCUGACUGAAUGGGUUCACUCUCAGACAGAGCACACAAAAGAUUUCACCCCACCUCUACGCCUCAAUCCUGCCUCUUUUUCUUUCCUUCGCCCAGUCUUUUCCUACUGGAAUUUUACCCCAAAUCUCUGUCAUCUCCUCCUCUGAUCUCUCCCUCCUGUCCCCUGGGAGCCAUGCUGCAGUAAUGAAGUCUUUCUAACCAGCCUGUCAUAUUGGACAGGUGUCCUCCUGCUCCUCCUGCCCUUUUCCCCCAUGACAGGGACAGGAUGUACAGUGUAUCCCAGGAUGGGGACGCAGAGGAAGGAGAAGGUGGGGGCUGCUUGCUGGCACUGCCAGCUGGCAUGAAGAUCUGCCCAGCCUAGCAGUGUUACUUUCUCUGUGCCACCUGCUCCACUGCCCUCCUGCUCGGAUACCUGGCCCUGAAAGGCAAACCUGUCAUUAACGGGAGAUAAGGCACUUGAUCUGCUUAUGGGUUUUUUUGUGUGUGUGUUGGUGCUGAUCUAAGCAUAUUUGCCGACUCCCCUUCACUCUUGGUCGCCCUCUGUGUUCUACUGCUUUCAGUAAAUCUCCCCAGGACAUUAACGUUGGCUGCUCAGUCCCACUUGGGUUGUUAAGGGGGUUUUAAAAGGUGAUACAAAGAGUAAAAUUGGUUUGUGGACAACCAGUGUUGUGGUCAAGUCACCAAACCUCAAGUCUAAGUCUGGAUCCAUUGAUAAAUAAGUCUGACGCCGUCUCUCCAUCUUUGGUGUCCAAAUCUGAGUCAUCAGUGCUAGUUGAGUCAUGACUUCUGGUAUCAGCACUUGAGUCAGACUGGAGCAUGAGUCCUUCACCAGAGCAUUGCAUAACCAGAGCACAUGCAUGUGGAUGUUGACCUAUGAGGAGGUCCCAAGGGUGGUGGUGCUAGCUCUGCUAAUGUUAGCCACGCGAGACAGACAAAUGUCCACCCACAGACGGGUGAUCCUGUGCUUAAUUAUGUUGAAUAAAUGAUGCUCAAUUUUGACUGAGUUCAUGUUUAAACAAUGAGGAAAUGAGGUAGUUUGGAGCAAACCUUCUUGCAUUUUCUGAUGGACUUUUAUGCAUCGAAAAGGUGUAGUAACCAUUUGACCAUUUGGGGGUUAUGCAGCUGCGACGGAGUGACCACUGCAAUCACGACUUUGCUUGCAUAAACCCUUUUUCCUUUGUAUGUUUAUUUUGUACCACCAUCCUUCUGCACUGAGCCCCUUUAAGCAUCAUUCAAAGAGGAGUUCAGGGGCGGCCAUUGUCCCAGAAGAGCUCAGACGUGCUAUGAGGAGGCGAGAGGGAGGAGAGGAGUUGAUGGUGUUAUUUGUUUGCAAAGUGCUUUUCUCGUGUCACUCUCUUCUGUCCUGAACAAAGGGGUUUGGAGAGGGAGAUAAUGUGACUGGGCUCUCAUGAGGAAAGGUUAUCUACUGUUCCCUGUCAGCUGAUAGCACAGGACGGGACACUUCAAGUCCAAUAACGCCCAGAACCUCCCAGUGAUGGUGCUCUUCAAUUAGCACAGGGUCAUCUGAUUGUCAGGAGUAAAAGUUUGAUUGUCAUAAAAUUACAUUUAAAAUAAUUUUAAAAUGAAGGAUUAAGUUUCAUAACCUUUUCCCCUGCUGUGAAGACUCUAGAGCACAUUUAACAUUUAAUAUUCACAUUAAACAAAAACAAUUAUAACAGUAUGUCUAAUUAAUGUUUAAUUUUAAUCUUCAUUUAACAUUCAAAUUAUACCUAAAAUCUCCCGUUUCACAUCACAUUUAAUAUUUGCAUUUUUAAUAUUUAACAGUUAACAUCAAAUGUCUAGAUUUAACAAUUACUUUUUCCACUUUACAUUUAAGAGUUUUAUUUUUCAUACCACACAUCUGAAUUCAGAUUCUAAGACUUGUGUUUCACAUUUACCCUUUACAGUCUUAAUAUCACUUACAUUUACAUUUAUUAUUCAAUAUUAUUCGAUAUUUACAUUUUACAAUCACAUUUCACAUUAAAUAUUACCAUUUUAAUUUUUAACAUCAUGAAUUUAGGCUCAACAUUUAAACAUCUGUUUCACAUUUUACAUUUAACACCAAAUAUUAAACAUUUGAUAAUUACAUGCUAUGUUCAAUAUUUUUUAUACUUAAUAUUACCUUUUCAUUUUAAUCUUAAAAUUUCGAUUUUAUUAUUUAUUUUUCACAUUUACCGUUUAACUGUUAACUGAUUAACACGCACAACAAUGAAAAGUUUUUGUGUUUCACGAUGUGGUGUUUAUAUAUGAAACAGAGGAAAUUUAAAAAAUUCAUAAAAUACAAUAUUCAGUGGAUAUAGGGUUGAAACAGAAGGUAUGGCACCAAAUUAAGAAUUAUGUUGGCUUUUGUUGUUUGUUUAUUUUGUUUUUUGAAAAGACCACUGAAUUAUGGCGUAUAAACUGUUUUUAUUAGUAUGAGAAUAUAUAUAUUUAUAUUUGGAAGCACUUUUGUAGAAUAGCUGAUGGAGAAGGGGUGGGACUUGGUAAGUUUUACUUCCUUUCACUCCUUUUGGAAUAUCUUGUAUGUUCCUUUUUUCCCUUCUCAUUUUCAUUCUGAAUUUUUUUCUCUUUUGAACAAAUUCAAAAUGAAUAAACGUCAUUCAUUCAUUCAUUUUCUUUAACCUUUAAUACACAACAUUUAACAAUUGCAAUUCUGUAUUCAACAUAUAUUCUUAUAAGCCACAUCUUCAUAUUGUACGUUUACAUUUUCUCUAACAUUUGCAGUACACAUAAAAAAUUACAUUUAACUUUAUGUAACGUUUACAUGUAUUACAUUAUACGUUCAUCAUUUGGUACUUGACAUUAAACAGAGCAUUUCACAUUUAGUUUGAACAGUGAGACUUCACAGCCACAGUUUUAGAGGGGGGGCUCUCGUGGUGCUUUCCUUUCAGCAGACAGUACAGGACAGGACUCAUUAUGUCCACUUGUACCCCAGGACCUUCUGGUAAUGAUGCUCUUCAAUUAUCACAGGGUCAACUGAGUCAUUGAUUAUAAAACAGAUGUGCACAAAAUGACUGAUUGAUAGUCAUACACACUUUCAUGGAAAGAAUGAGUUUUCAUGACCUUUCUCCCGCUGCGAGGACUUUAGCGCACAGCUGCGUUCUGAUGAUGUUGGACCCUGUUGAGAUGAGUGCGGUGAGCCAGCUGUGGCCGGGCCAGUUUAUCAGAGCCUCGGUUUACUGCCUGAGAAGAGAACACUGCACUUUCAGCUGCCACAAGGUUGGAUCUUAAAAAUGCAAAACUGUCCUAGAGCAUCCAGGAACAGGCGCACAAACAUCUGGAGACACUUGAACUCGCGUAACCUUUCUCCAAACACACGCAUUUACCGUACUGUGCAGCGCUGCAUGCCCCUGCAGUCCAUCUAUCUCGCCCCUCUCUGUCUGUCAUGUGAAGUGAUUUCCUGAAACAAGCUGUCCAACCGCAGGAAGGGAUCAAUCUAACACACAUCCUCGUUAACCUUUCGGAGUGAUGGCCGUGGAUUUCAGCCUCGAGGCACGGUUCUCUCCUUGAGUCUGACAAAGACAAGGGCGCUGAAAACGUCUGAACUCAGGCCAGCACGGCGCGUUAAAUCUGACAUAAAUCAAAGAGAAGGAGAGGGCAGGCCGCAGCUGAUCUUCCGUCGCCUCCUCUUAACCUCAGCUGACAUCUUCAUUUCAAUCCCCUCAACUUUUACGGUUUUGUUUUUGGAUUUUGACCAACUUUUUUUUAACGUCAUGUUCACCUCUACUCCAGUUUAGUAUUCCUGCACAGCUUCUUGUUUUUAAUUGCCUUUUACAAGUGGGUCCUCUCAUACCAAGUCAUUAUUCUUUCCCCCACUAUCGAAUCCUCUCCGCCGUCUUCGCCUUUUUACCCUUUCUGAUGGGCAUAUUAUCUGGCUUCAAACGUUUCAUUAUCUUUAAUGAGCUAUUACAGUGUUAGGGAAUAGAGGCUGAAUGGUCCAGCGAUUUCUGUUUCUGCUCCGUCCCUGUCUUGUGAAGUUUUAUUAUUCUUCAGCAGCAGGAAUUGUCACUUUUACAGCGAGGUCUGAAUUCGCUGUGACUGUAAACGUUUUAAUCAAUCAUACAGCGUGACUCACAUACUUCAGUGGUGUUGCAGCUGCGAUGGACAUGACUGUCUCUUUGAGUCAAAUGUUCCCAAUCUGGCCUGGAGAAAUCUCGGUGAAUAGAGAAGGAGACGUUCACGCUGAAUAUCUACCCACAGCUAUGAGGCAUCGUUUGACAUUUCUGUGUUGCCUUACAUACAGCGUUUUUAGAGGUUCCUGUGCAGGUUAAGUAAAAAGUGGAGGAUGAAUAAAGAAGAAGAAAUGACACCAUGAGAGGGAGGGGGACCAGUAACCGCGUUGACCUGUGAGCAGAAGCAGAAGUCCGGUUAUGUCAUGAAGGGAAGGCCGGGAGAGAUUUGAUUAGCGAACUAAUGAAAUCAGUCAUCCCAGCAUGUGUGUGUGUGUAUGUGUGUGUACAUUUGUGUGUCAAUCUCACACGUUCUCAGGAGCUCUCUCAGUUUCCUGCUGCCUCUUCUUGCCGCUGCGCCAUUCUGCAUCACUGGUGCGGGGAAUUAGUUCUUUGUUACUGCUGUUUACCGCCCUCGUUUCCUAUCCCUGAUUCCUCAUCCACCUGGCUAUCGACCCAGCUACAGUGAAGCCGUCCAUCUACACCCCCGCUUGAUGUGUGUAUAUGUGUUUGACUGGAUGUGUAGGUGGUGAGAGUGGGUGUUUUCUUUUUUUUUUUCAGUGUCUUAUAAUUGCAGUUGUAUGUACAUGAGUCCUUUUGUGUGCAUGCUUUCUUAUUUUUCCCUGCCCUCCUCUUGUGUUGCUUAUUUCAGCAUUUCCCCCCAUGAGAUUAGUUCCUGCUUGUGUAUCCCUGCAAAUAGAACAGUGUGUCAUAUGUGUGGUCUCUGCAUGAGAGUGUGUGUGUGUGUGUCAGAGAGUGCAGCCCCAGGGUGCUUCGGCACAGGCGAGGCGGGUGGCAGGCCUGUCUGAAGUACUUAGGCAGACAAUGCUUAGGGCCCGGGGUUGUGGCUUUACUGACAGUUGAAUUAUGUGGCUGAGCACACGGUCACAGGUACUUACUUAUGCUGCUGACAUACACGCAGUUAUCUGUCAAUGCAUUUGUGCCUUGUCCUUACACCGUGCAGGCAGGCCAAGAGGGGAAUAUGAACAGGAGGUCAGAUACAAAUAAGCUCUGAAGAGGCGCGUGUAUAAGGAUGAAAAGCAGCAAAUAUCAUUACAUAUGGUCAGCCUGAGGAAAAACAUAAUUAUAAAAAGAGAAACUUCACAUCACGGGGUUGCCAAAAAAGGAGAGACGUGGGUGUCAGGGGCGGAUUUAGGGUGUAAAAAGGGGGUGCCCUUACCCCAAGGCCUCCCUACCCCUCCAUCCUAAACUUUGACAGGCUUUUUGCUUCGUCGUAGAUUGGACUAAUUUUUUUUAAGGCUGUAGCUAUCGAAUAUUUUAGUAAUCGAGUAUUCUACCGAAUAAUCCAUCGAUUACUCGAGUAAUCGGACCCAAACGGCAGACUCACAUAAAGUGAGAUUUCCUAUAACCUUGCUAUAAAGGCCAGACUCUGAGAAAUAGAUGACAGUCAUGGAUCAAGCGUGUGCGUUAGCGGAUUGAAAUGCUCGUAGGAAAGCUAAUUAUGAUAUUAACUUUCAUCAUGCCUCUAAAGACAUUAGUGUCUGAGAGCUGAAUAGCGCUGAUGUGACCUGCUUCUGCUACGACACCAGGAAUGCUAGGCUUUAAUCUAGCGUGAAGAGGAGUGUGCAGAGCAGCGCUGUCUGCACCCACGACUCAGAGGCUAAGUGCUAAUGAGCUACUGGAGCUCUGCACAAGAAGGCACUGUUGCCAACUCCUCAGUAAGGAAAGUUGGUAGUGGCUGUCGUAAAAGUAGCUAGAAGUUGCUAGAUGACGUCAUCGCCCAUAAUUUCUUCUGUAGACUUUCUGAUUCUCAAAUGCCGUUUGAUUGGACUGAAACAUUAGCUAUUUUAUGCUUAUGCUAGCUCAAGUUGCUGCAGCUUCGUAUUUCUUCUGUACGACUUUGCUUCAAUAAAAACUUUCCAGGUGACUGAAAAGAUUUAAAAGUGACAGAUUUUUUCUUCCAACCAAAAUACUCAUAGCUCAUGUUUUUAAGUUGUAAUUUUAUCAGAAACCAUGAAAAACAUCCACACAGUGAUGCCGCUUUUUGCUCUUUUGUCAGCUUGUUAGAGUAGCAUGUGUCAACAGAUCAGGAGGAUCUGUUAGUGUCUAGCUGCAUUUUUUCAGUGUCAUUUUUGGAGAUCUGGUUCCAUCUGCAGUUUUCUAAACCUGAAUAUCAAAUACUAGCUUGAUGAAGCAAAUUGGACUUUUUGUGGCAAAAUCAUUUUUUUGCAAAGGGGGAAGCAACCUCGAUGGUCAAGCACAUCAGCAGUGUGAUUUAAAUCAAGCCAAAAUGAUGUACCUUUGACUCUCUGUGGCUUCAAACAGCUCUGUCAACUCUGGCUGCUGCUGCAGGGUUGCCAUCCUCCUCUUCAGCCGAACUUUUGAUCAAAUCCUGUGAGUUAAAAAUCAUAAUCUAGUGUUCAAACCCCCAUCUUGAGUCUUAAGAUUGUCGGUCCUAAAACAGCUGCUCUUCAUUCUGCAGACACAGGCUGUGAGUUUGCAUACUGCCACCUGCUGUGUGGAAUUGUAUACGCUCAAUGAAAGCAGCUGUAUAGUUGUUUUAUCAUCCUAAUAAAAAUAACUAUGAAAUUUUCCCUUUAUUGGUCUAACGGCUCAGUAUUUAUUGUGUAACUCACCUCAGAAACAGAGCUGGCAGCGAAGGACCAAAACAGGAAGAAGGCCAUAUGUCUGCAUAGCGAUGAAAAUUUGCACUGUGGGAGCAUUGCAGGGAUCCAGCAGUCUAACACUAUUUAUAAUAAAAGAAAACAAUCUUACUAUGAGUGUGAAACACGCAGGCUUGUGUAGUUACAAAGAGUUUAUUUCAGAUAACUAAAACGACUAAAACGACUAAAAACAAAAGUUUACAGCAUGCCGGUGCGGUUUUAAUAAUGAGGGUAUAUUGCAGUGAUGAGUGAGUGUAAAGUUGUUCAUGAGUGCAUAAACAAAUAAGAGGGCCAGCAGGCGCCAAGAGUUUCGCCAACUAGCUCAGGCGUUAAUGAGUCUGAUUGAGGUAGGCAUGAAGCUGGAUGGGCCUCGCUUUGGCCUGUAUUCAUGGGAACAAAAAAAAAACGCACUUUCUUGUCGCCACAUGUCAUCGCUUUUAUGGGCAAACUGUUCACCUUGAAAGGCUGAGUUGAGAGCUAAAGGUUGCACAAACGCGCUCACACGCAAACAGGCACACACGCACACACAAGCGCACGCAUUCCUCAUAGGAGUGAUAGAAAUGAAAACAUGUUGAUAAAAGUGGGAGUACGCAGGUGUUCAAAUAUUUGGCCCUGGCUUGAUGUGUCUGAAGCUGUUACAGUCUCAUGGUCAUGGUGAGAACCUCACAUACAUGAACUCUUCUCAGAGAUUCACGUGGGUUAAAACCUUUAGUAAAAAAAAGAAAAAGUAGAUGAAUUGAGAAGUAAAAUAUAAAACAGAGGUGAAUUAGUCUCUUACACUCUGUUACUCGGCAGAAACGCGGCACAUAUGUUUGCACUUUUUGUUUAUGUAUGUAUUUAUGGAAAUGAGGAUGACUCAUGUAUAUGACCUCGGCUUUUCAAGUGGGAGAAACUGAUAUUCACUGCUUUUCCUUCUCUGGAUUCUAGUUUCAUGCCAGCACCCUCUGAUACAAUUCUCAGAGGGAAUGUAUCCCGCAGAGGACCGAGCCUCUGCUGCAUCCUAAAACAACUCCGCAAACACUCAUACCCUCAUGUACACAGGGAUGGCAAAACCUGAUCUCAAGCUUGAUUCAUUUUCUUCCAGGGUGAGAGCUGAAAUCCUCUUUUCUGUGUUUCUGUUUCCUGCAGGGCUCAAGACCUACCUGAUCUCAGGGAGGAAAGUGGAGCUUCUCUCUCACUGUAGCUGCUCUCAGCUGGGGUUGGCUGGACCGGAGCAUGCAGAUUCUCAGUGUCCCACUUCCAGGAUGAACACACCUGAUGGAGCUCCGUCUGCCUGUCACGUGCCUCCAGACAGUGCCUCCAGACAGGUGAAUAUACACUUUUAUUUCUAUGUGUCUGUAUCUGAAGCUUUAGCUGAUUUUGUUUCCAUCUUUAUAUAUGAUUUCUUCAUUGUAUGGCGCACUUUUAACCUGACAUUGUGUUUACAGACAGUAGUUUAGAUUUCCACUGCAGAGUCAUCAAUUUUACACAGAGGAUCAUUAUUCUGGAAUCGCUGAGCUUAUUUGCUCUCGCAGUCCCUCACAGAGAUUAUUGAACCUCUUUCCAUCUUUACUAUGGAAUACUUGGUUCCGCCUUCCGCCAGUGUACGGAUUUGAAGCUGAAAAGCUCUCUGUAUAUCUGUGAUUUUUGUCCAUUUCCUGGAACCAACAUUGCGCAGUAGCGUUGUACGCAUUCGGCAAGAGAGUCGCCGAGAGUCGCUGUGAUGACGCUCGGCUCAAACAGCGUAUCCCCCGGGUGAGCUACACAAUCUAUCGAGUGUCAAUCAUAGAAAUCAUGAACCCCGUAAUAACUUUUAAAAAUAACUUUUAAAAAUAAAAAACAUCAGCCCCCCCCCCCCCCCCAAAAAAAAAAAAAAAAAAAUAAAAAAAAAAAAUAAGGAAGACAUAAAUAACUGGCUAGCUAGUUCUAAAACCUACAUGGGUAACUGGCAGCCCAGGGAGCUUGUAGAUCGGCAAUUUUUGCAACUUUUGUGUGACAUCGAAUGGACCGACAGUACAUGUAAUGUGGCCCCCUGGACUGAGUGUGGAAGUAUAGUGGCUCUCACCAUCAUCAAAGUUGCUCACCACCUGUCUAGACUCUAGACGAUCUAGAAGUCACAACCAAUAUUGGGGGCUCCAUCACAUCCCCACCCAAACCUCAACUAAUAGGUGGGGGCGUCACAUCCCUACUCCUUCCGCGUUUUAUUUGUGGGAUGCACAGGGAGUUUUUUGGGGGGCCACCAAACAAAAUCUUGCUUAGGGCCACCAAGAUCCAGCAGCCGGCCCUGCACAGUCACAUUACUAACCUGUUUUAAAGUCUUCUCAUUAGAUGGGAGAUGUUUUUUCAGCUUUUCCAACUUUCUCAAUGGACUGUUUUUAAAGGUGUUUCUGGCAUCAAAUUAUAAACGAGCACAAACCUUAUCUAUGAGACAUUAAGAGCCUCACAUUUCAACAUUUGAAAUAUCGUCUUUGCACCAUUUGUAGCAGCGUUUUAAGUAUUCCAAAACCAUCAAUUUCUGUUUUCUAUCAGUAUGUUGAGCUGCAUACUAACUCGUGUUAGGACGGUUAUAUAUUAAUAAUGCAAUGAAAAUAGCUGUUCCCCACAGUAGGCGGUCCACAUAACAGCCAGUCUAUCAUGUUCCGCUCUUCAAUUAAAAGCAUGUCCAUCCAAUGUGUCCUCCUUAGCUCUGCCUUCAAGGGAAAUUUCUCAUUUGCUUCCAAAUUGGUCCACUAGGUCAUAGACUCCUUGUGACUCAUUAUUCCUUCAUAGUUAUUCUUAAAACCUCGCACCACUGUGUUUUAUCCUCACCCGAAUAACUCCUCGUUCUCGGCACAUAUGUGCACCCCAUGAUCCCUCGACAGAUCUCACAGCUCCCUGCAAGGCUAAGUGGAGAGGGGAGGGGUAAAAACAGGAAGAAGCUGAUACUGGGAGGCAGGGGGGGUCAGUUGGGGUUUUGGAUAUGAUAAUGAGCGAACUCAGGUGGAGAGAUUGGAAGCUCUCAGGUCUUUCUGCUUUCCACUGAUUACUCCUCCAUUUACGGCCCUCAAACUGAUACAGAUGAGGCUUAUAGGGAGGGAUCGCACUCAGGGAUCUGCGAAGUAAUCACAUCUGAGUGAGAGGAUGGAGUCACAGGAUCGGUGUAGGAAUAAAUGUUUGCGUGUUCAGCGGGUAACCGUGCCUUCUCAGCUUUCUUUCAUCAUUUCAGGGUAUGAGAUCUCUCUCUUGUCGACAUACGCGCACACUUUAAGCUCUCUUUGAAGUGAUGAGCGGGAUACGAACAGCAGACUCGGGUCCUUGCAGACUUUUUUUUUUGACGCCUCUUGUUUACCCUCCAUUGUCUCUUACCAGUCCCUGUCACUUUCUAGCUUUGUACUCGCUGAAAAUGGAGUUAUUCUGUUAAAAAUCACAGGAUGAUGCUUGGUAGAUUUCACACGUUCGCUCUUCUUUGUGUCAAAGGAAAGAGUGUUGUCUUUCCCAGCGAUGCAUCUGUUAAACCAUCUCUCUUUUGUCGUCUUAGACUCCAUCUUUGCUGUCGACUCGUGUUCGCUCUCGCCACUCAUCGGCCUUCUUUGAUCUCUCGAUUUAUUAAUUCUCUUUCUUCUUUCCUGCCUCCUCAAAAUGUUACAACUCCCUCCGUACCGUCCCUCCCUGCAGUCCCCCUGUCCCUCCUGCAGCGUGGCUCUGAUACCGGCGGAGGAUCCAGUUCCGGAGGAAGGAGCGGUGCACAAUGGCUGCCAUGACAACCACAAGACGAACAGCAGCAAGGUUAGCAUGUUUGUGUUACCUGGAUCAAACUAAUGAGACUUACCUACCCUGUGUGUACGUCUCAUCUGGUGUAUUUUGUUCUCUUUUAAAUAUUAGGCCACUUAAAAACAACUGUGGUUACAAUUACUCGACCUAGCAGUUAAAAGCAGGACUAAAAAUAGUUCGAAGAAGUAGGACUCCAUGGGUCCCAGAUAAACUGUGCCACAGACACAAUCAUUUAAAGUGACGCGACUGAGACUCUAAGUGCUGUAUUUCUUUAUUAUCGCUGACCUGUUUUCAAAGAUCCAUUUUUACACCUUCUUUUAUGGGAAAUUCAGGUCUCCUCUCCUUCUCCUAGGACUCUUCAAAUCUGAAGUUUUCUCCAGCGGUUGCCGCGGGGCGCAGUCCCAAAGCUCUAAACGGCCUGCUUAGCCCCCGACUGGAGGCUUUGACUAACAGCCAGACUUCUCUGUGUGAGAUGCUGCAGGAAAAGGAGAAGAAGACGUGGAGUGGAGGAGUUCUCGGCAUGGAUCACUCAGCGCUCAUUCCUCUACGCUCCAAAAACUUUAGGGAGAGGAGUGAUGCUCAUUUUGUGGAUGUUAUCAAGGAGGACAGGUAAGGAUGCACACAGGACAGGUCCCAGAUAUCUAAACUGGAGAUGAUUUGUGUCCGGUUUUUCAUUCAGGUUUAGAACCUGGAGAUUUGCUGAAACUGAGUAAACAUCGACAACUCCAGUCGCCCCAGUCCCAGAGAAAUCGUUGCUGUCUCCCUGUCUCACUGCAAUUUGUGAAUGAAGCUACAAAUCUGUCCCCAGACUAUGUUUUUGGGAGUCAUUUUGAGUGGUUUCUACUACAGAGUCAUGUCUGUUUUUGAUGCAGAUGACAGCCAUCCAGGAUUAGUUUUUUGGCUUUGUGCUCAUGUAUAGGGAUUUCUCCUAAUUCACUGAAUCUUUUUAAGAUAUAAUUUUCUGUAGUUGAUGAAAUCCUCCCAAAAUCUUCAGUUUUAUCCACAGGAAAAUUAUUUUGUAACUUCUGAAUCCUUUCCGCAUCUUCAUCUCUAAGAAACUCAGCCUCUUGAGCGCUCUUUUAGACACAGAUGUCAUUUUUAUAAACCAGUUUGUGUUUCAACGUUUAACUCGGCCUUCUAACUUUUGUUUUAAAUCGGGGUUACACCAUGCUCUGUUAGAAAAAUGUAACUCUUCAUGGAUGCGCACUGAUCCUGUAUAGAUAGUAAACACCUGCAGCUCUGUACCCGGGGAUAUUAAACCAAGAUGAGCUCAUUUACGCUAGCAGCAGGUUGGCAGGUAAGGACUUAAUUGGAGCAGGGGACUAAAUAUUUGUAUGUACUAUCAUCACAUGAUAAAUUACCUUGAGCCAGUUCUUUGUUUCCUCUUUCAAACACUUGUUGUUUGUAGCAGCGUUAAUAUGAAUAAAUAUAGCAGGCUGCUGUUCUGAUUAAAAGCCACUCAUACAUAAUAGCUGAAUACUCUUUGUGCAAUGACAUAUUGAUAGGAAUUCUCAGUCUGCGUAAUGACAUAGGAUCAAGUCUAAUUCAAACACUAUGCACAGGUGAUCCAUAAAUCAUUCCCAGUUGUUAAUGUCCAUCGAGCCCUCAAGCUAGUAAAGUACUACAGAUAAAAUCCUGCUGAUCAUAAUUCACUUCGCCUCUCACAGCCUGAUGAAGGACUAUUUCUACAAGCCUCCCAUAAACAAGCUGAGCAUCACCUUCCUGGAGAAGAUCCUGGAGUCUGCCUACCGGACGAGCUACCAAGAGGAGGUAUGCAAGUGUGCGUGUGUGAGUGUGUGUGUGCUGUGUCAGUGCAUGGCAUGAUAAAGUGUGUAUCCCUGAUAGUAUGCAGAUAUGUCUUCAUUAUUUUAAGCCUCUUCGUUGUAUCCUUUGAGGUCGUCCUGUGGUUGUUUUCGGAUCAGAGUUAAUAACUAACAGGUUAAAACAGCAAAUCCGCUUCCAGUGAUCCCAUUACACUCCAGUCUUCAUCUGCGUGUGAAACUAGUUGGAUGUUUUGAAUACCUUUCCACCUGUUUGUGUUUCUCUGCAUGUCUGUGUCUUGUCUGGGAAGCCUGUUCGCACUGUGUUAUGACCAGACCGGUCAAGACUGCGGCAAAGAGAAAUCUCUGCAGGACCUUUAAAGUAGUUUUGUGUUAGGUUUUGAUGCCCUCUGCAGGUGCAACCACAGAAGUGCAGCAUCACAGUUGAGACUGUAACUGUAUUUAUAGUGUCUAUUAUCCGCCCUCCUGUUUUUUACUUUUCCAGGUGGAAAGCCAAGCACAAGUGCACACCUUUGCCAGUCCAACAUUCAGUUCUUUCCUGGACAUGCUGCUGUGCUGUUUGGUGUUUCUGGCCCUCUCCCUGGCCUGUUUCCUUCGCCCACUUGUCACCCAGCAGAGUCCGUCUAAACCACCGCUCAUUACGACGAGCGUAGCCGCUGUGAUAGAAGCGCUGGCCCUGCUCUUUUCUGUACGGUAAGAUCUGAUGUUGAAUGGAAAGGAUCUAAAGUAGAGGAUCUGGUCAGGCGAAGAAGACAAGUGACUUUUGAAAAUUGAAUUGCCAAAUUAAAACAGAAGUUAUCUCUUAGAUUCUCAUGUGACAUUUUUAAAGGUUAUUUGCCCUUUUUUGAAAGUACAGCUUUGGAGAAAGUAAAUGUGGGGUUGACAUGUACCAACCUCUGCGAGGAUCAGGGAUCAAUCCUGCUACCAGUACAAUGAGGACUGUGACCUGUGCACUUGGGGCACCUGCUCUGCUCCUCCUGAUCACAUGUGGCAUUUAUCAUGCUGCUAACACAAUUUCCAAAAGCUUUGUCUAAAACUUAAAUAUGAUUAACAAGGUACCAAAACUACUUUAACAAGAAUAUUAAAAAUGAUUUAUCUCUUGUCUUGUUUACCUCUUAAAUCAGAUGUAAAUAAUGACAAGUUUGGUACAUGAAAAUAACCUUUAAAUCAAUCAGAGAUGUCUUCACUUCCACUCUUUAGUAUGGCUUUCUACCUGGACUGUGUGUUGAGCUGCACUCGGAGGCUGAUGAGAGUGCUCUCCGGCUGGGUCGUGCGCCACAUUAUUGGAGCCAUCUUGGUGUCGCUGCCCACAGUCGCUGUUUACUCUCAUGUCACCUGUGACAUGAAUAUCUCCAUCCAGGUGCAUUUUAAGCUUCAUGCUGUUCUUCAUUUCUCUAUCAGUGACAGUAAAUGUGAAUCAUCUGCUGGGGUUCUAUGCCUGUAAAAUAUCCACUAUAAUGAUAAGUCUAUAGUUGGUGUCAUUUAUGGGGAAUCUUGAUGGUCUCUUUUGACUCUGCGUCAUGUCUUUUCCCCAGUUCACCAUGUUCCUCUGCUGUGCUGUCAUCAUCGCCAUCAUUCAGUACUGUAACUUCUGCCAACUCAGCUACUGGGUUCGCUCAUCACUGGCAACUUUGGUGGGACUUGUGUUGCUCGUCUUGCUCUUCAGCUCCCCCUGCAGGUAUGUAGAAACAAACUUUUUGCACGUGGGGUAAGGUUGUUUCUUUUUAAUGCAUUAAUAAGUGUUUUAUCUCUUACAGUGUUGCUAAAGGUCUGUAUUUCUGGUGAGUACAAUACUGUCGUUAAUUUGUUGUAAUUUAGCUCACAAUUAGCAAAUCAUACUGAAGAUAGUGCUGAAUCAUAUCUCACUUAAUCUCAUGUUAUUUGAUCAGUAUAAUCAUGUGCCCUACUGAAUGUACAUUUUUAUACACAUCAGGUUAUAGACGUAUUUUCAUGCUUAUUGCAUUAACAGCUGAUACAAAACCUCAACUUGUCAUUUUACUCUUAAUUUUGAAGAAGAGCUGCAGAAAAAUCAAAAAGCUUUCUAUUCUCAAGAUUUUAGGCGUGAGAUGUUCUGCUUAUGCUGGCAGUAUGAACAGUCUAAUUUUUUGACAUGCACGCCAAAAUGAAAAUCAGAGCCAUCAUACAGCCAAUGCACUUCCUGUGUGAAGCGCCAGGAUACAGUUGGCUGUGAAAAUGCAAGCAAGAUCAGGGUUUGCUGCACCGUUUCCUGGCCCCCCGGUAGAAACAGUAAACUUGAAAAUGCAUGUUAUAUUUAUCCUUCAUCUCUGUGAAGUUUUUGUACUUAAUUUCUUUUCCAGGUCAGACGACCAAAGCAAUAGCAGCAGCAGCAACAGCUCCGUCAUCAUAGCCGAUGAUGGAGCUGUGAGUCUGGCAGACCCGGACUCUCAGGCCAGCCCGCAGGACCUGCUUGGCCCUGAAGCCUGUGUAGCCUUUUUUCUGCUCCUUCUCCUGGUCUGGUUCCUUAAUCGUGAGUUUGAGGUCAGUUACCGCCUACAUUACCAUGGCAAUGUGGAAGCUGAUCAGCACCGCAUCAAGAUCCAGAACAUGAGGGACCAGGCUGACUGGCUGCUACGCAAUAUCAUCCCCAUCCAUGUGGCCGAGCAGCUGAAGGUUACGCAGAGCUACUCCAAGAACCACGAUAACGUGGGCGUAAUAUUUGCCAGCAUUGUGAACUUCAGUGAGUUCUAUGAGGAAAGUUAUGAGGGAGGCAAGGAGUGCUAUCGCGUGCUCAACGAACUGAUCGGAGACUUUGACGAGCUGCUACGAAAACCCGCAUUCUCAAACAUCGAAAAGAUCAAGACCAUCGGCGCCACGUACAUGGCAGCGGCGGGACUCAACGCGCAGCAGUGUGCGGACGCGGCUCAUCCUCAUGCUCACCUUCGGGCUCUUUUUGAAUUUGCUCUGGAAAUGAUGCGCGUGGUGGACGACUUCAACAAGAACAUGCUGGGCUUCGGCUUCAAGCUACGCAUCGGAUUCAAUCACGGGCCUCUUACAGCCGGGGUGAUUGGCACCACGAAGCUUCUCUACGAUAUCUGGGGCGACACGGUCAACAUCGCCAGUCGCAUGGAUACAACAGGUGUGGAGUGUCGUGUCCAGGUCAGCGAGGAAAGUUAUUGUGUACUCAGCGGUAUGGAAUAUGAGUUUGACUACCGGGGUACAGUUAACGUCAAAGGCAAAGGUCAGAUGAAGACCUUCCUGUACCCCAAGAGCAGUGACAGUGGCCCUGUGCCUCAGUACCAACUCUCAGUCUCGCCAGAGAUCCGAGCUCAGGUGGAUGGUAGCAUCGGGCGUUCGCCAACCGAUGAAAUUGCUAGCAUGGUGCCUGCGACUAGCAUAAAUGCAAGUAGCACCAAUACUUUGGUACCCAGUGCAAGUGCUGGUUCCUCUCCUGCCACAGGACUUAGCCAGGUGAAGGAGAUGGAUUGCUGUAAAAGACGUCACUCCACAGAUACCUCCAAUGUCAGGCGAUUUUCGUCUCACAGCGGCACGCCAUCUAUACCCGUCAAAAAAAGAGAAGGACCUCCUGCUCCUGCAAACAACAAGCGGCUUAUUAUCUCAUCCUCAGACCCACAAGAAAGACUUCAAGACUCGACAAUAAAGUCCCCGAAAGACACCAAGAAGGACCAGUGUGAUGAUUAUGACAUUUAUGUCGGAGAGUUCACGAAACUUUAG